AUGGAAAAUGAAAUUAAAAAUCAACAAAAAGAAUUAAUUCAAUAUCAUAAAAUUCAAUCAAUUAAAGAACAAAUAAAAGAAAUGGAAUUAAAUUUAUUAUUAUUUUAUAAAAAUGGAAAUAUGGAUAAAACUAGUAACUCAACCAUUACGGAAUCAAUAAAAUCAAUAAAAAAAUGUAUAAUAAUAUUAGAAGAAAAUAAUUUAUUAAAAAAAAAUUAA